UGCAGACGAAACAUUGAUGAGAUUUCACAAGAGGCCUUAUUCGUCAGAAAUGUGAGAAACGCUUAAUAGCACGCCUUAACGACAGAUGAAGAUUCUUUGAAAUUGUCAGAGUGAGUGUCGUAUGAAGGAAUGCAUGGGAAUCUAGGCUGGUACCUUUGCGAUUAGGAGAUGACAAGCUGAACGAAAUUGGACGAGGAUAAAGGAUAAAGGAUAAAGGAUAGAGGUAGAGGAGCAUCGUCUGGUUCGAUGAAAAAAGGAAUGAAAGAAGACGGGCGGGCAGCUGUCUGGAUAGGAAACAAUUAGUUUAGUGGCAAUCAGUUGCAAAGUCGAAGGAAAGUAAGUAAGUAUCGGUAAGUUGGUGACAGUCGCAGACCGACAAUAUGAGAAACUCAACGUUGCUGAAAUGGGCGCAAAACUCGGCAAACAGUAAAAACCAAACGAGCAAGAAUGGAACGAAUAGGAGUUGGAUACAUCCACCGGAUGCGCUCCAAAAAGGUCACAUCGCCUACUUAGUCAAGUACUUGGGUAGCACAGAAGUGGAUCAACCGAAAGGUAUUGAAGUUGUGAAAGAAGCAAUUUGCAAGUUAAAAUUCAAUCAGCAACUAAGGAAAAGCGAAGGUACGAAAACGCCCAAGGUAGAACUCACCAUAAGCAUCGAUGGAGUGGCGAUUCAAGAGCCAAAGACGAAGACGUCGCCAAAACGGAUUAUGCAUCAGUAUCCUCUGCACAGAAUAUCUUACUGCGCCGAUGACAAGGGCGAGAAGAAGUUCUUCAGCUUCAUCGCGAAAGAAGAAGACGCUGAAAGACACACGUGUUUCGUCUUCGUUAGCGACAAAUUAGCCGAAGAGAUCACGUUGACGAUCGGUCAAGCGUUCGAUUUAGCUUAUAGGCGAUUUCUCGAAACAUCCGGCAAAGAUUUGGAAACUCAGAGACGUUGUAUGAUACUACAGCAAAAGAUCAAGCGAUUAGAACACGAGAACAAUGUGUAUCGACAACGACUACAAGAUAUAGCUGCUAUCAAAGGAUCGGUCAGUUUGACAAACGCUGAUGUAUCAGCUUACUUGUCGCAACACAAUCUUCCGGAUAUAUUGCACGUCGCAGGAGCUUCGAACGAGAUAACGCAGGUAAAUGGAUCAACCAACAAGUCUUCUCCCGGAACGAAUAGCGACAGUAAUGGAAAUAAUACCACCAAUGGAUCUCAACCACCUCCAGUUCCUCCAAGAAGCUUCGAAAAAUCAUUCGACGAUAAUUUUAUGGGAAAUGAACCUACUCCCAUGCCAUCAGUUGGUACCAAGUUAGAAGGACUUUUGAUGGACGAAUUCGAAGAAGAUUUUAAUCCUAGAGCAUACGAAAGUGCAGUUAAUGGGAUUGCGAAUCAUCAAACUAAUCACAAUGCUAUUCUAAAUGGCCAACUUUCCUCUAAUUCCAACUUCUUCUCUCAAAGUAAUGGCAGUACGAGUCCUCCUCCGUUAUUGGCUCCACCGCCUAAAGCAAAGGAUUCUAGGCGUCAAAAUGGGCUAAAGGAGGAUUUAUUUGGCAGUGUUCCCUUCAAUCCUGCGCCACCGAUCAAUACAAAAGCUGAAUUCAAUGAUCCAUUUGAAAUGGGUGAAUUCGGAGCAACGACGGCGAUUUCGAAUCCCAGUCAGCAAGAGUUAGAAAAUGCUAUCGGUCUCUUAGAUAAAAAGCUGUUGGAAAUGAAGGAUGGUUUUAGCAGAGGUCUUUCUAUCGACACCGAUGAUUUUUCUUUGGAAAGCUUGGAUCCUCUAAGGAAUUGAAUCGUAUACUUGUUUUUCUUUUCUUUUCUUUUCUUUUCUUUUUCUUUCCUUUCUUUUCUUUUCUUUUCUUUUUUUUAUUACCGGAAUAGAAGGAACAAUCGAUUGUUUGAUAUCGUAUGUUUGCUAGCGAGCGCAAAACUCCACAGAAUGAAUAGGCAAAUUAGGAAUUAUACAUAUACAUUUAUAUGAAACCAAAAUUAGUCAAUUACUAUUACGAUUAUGCUAAUCUUAUAUUUAUCGUAUGCCUACUAAAUAUUCAUUGAUAGUAGCUUAAGUUUUCUUUGAUACAGAGAUCGUUUAUCGUUAAAGAUGGAUAUACGAGGAAACGAAUGGUAUUAAUACUUUAACUUGAAUACCUUUCGUCUUCUUUUAUGAAAACUUUAAUUAUUUUAUCGGAAUAGAAACACAUCAGAAAAAUAAACUAUUUUAGCAGAAAUAUUUUCUGACAAUUCGUCGUAUAAAGUAUAAUGAAAAAGAAUCAAGCAUGUUACUAUACUCUUUCAGUAUGAUCUAUUUAUACAUUCAUAAUUAGGAGGAACCAAUUAUUGUGCCUUUCUGUCAACAUUUAAUCAACUCAACUGGAAAUACCACCUUUAAAAUGGUAAUCAUAUUUUGUGAAUUUUAUCUUUCAUAGAUAAAACGCUGCCAGGGUUGUUAUGACUAGGUAAAUUCAUUUAAUCGACAGAUGCCUAAAGGUUACAGCUAAUUGUUUCUAUUACCGUAGGAUACAAUUAAAAGAAAUUAAUAAUAUAUUUUUAUGCAGAUAAAUUGUAACUUAAGUUCAUCGCGUCUGUACUUUUCGUUGACGUGAAUCACAAUACCACGUGAAAAAAAAAACCGAAAUGAAGAAUAAAAUAUUAACUAAAAUAGCGUAGAGAUAAUUCCUAUAAAUAGACAGAUAUAUGUUUAAUAUCUGAAGCCUUUGCAUCAAACUCUUCCUUUACUUCGCUUUAAUUGUUCUUCCGUUCUACGUUCUAUUCAGUCAAACGAGAAAUAUAACUGACACGAAGAAUUUCAGUCAUACAUUCUACAGACAUUACGUAUGUAAAUGUAACGUAAUUCUGGAGAUUAUGCAAAGUUAAUAUCUGUUAUAAUAAUAAUAAUAAUAAUAAUAAUAAUAAUAAUAAUAAUAAUAUUAUUAAUUGUGUACAUAUCAAAUGCUGUUUUAUUAUUGUUGUUCUAUUGUUUAAGCAUUAUCGUUAAUAAUAAAAUACGUAAAUGAUAUAAUGAUAAAAGCCUAUUUUUGAGAAUAGACAAUUUUUGAAUAUCACGCUCUUCGACUUCACGCCGAUUAACUACAACUAGGUGGACGUGAAAGAGAAAAAAAGCAUUAUAUAAAAUAGAAUAAAAUAGCUCAUUAUAGAUAUGUAAUUAAAGUUUAAAACAAGAUAGGUAUUGUAAGGAAGUUAAAAAUAUAUAUUAUUCAGUUUGUU